UGGUUCUCCUGUGGAGAACGGGGUGGAUCCACUCCCUCUUAAUAUACCCAGGCUAAGGAGGCUGAGCCUUACAUUUAAGAGAAGAAGCAGAGCAGCUGGAGUACACACACACACUACACACUACACACACUCACAAAAUACACACGUACACACCGUAAACACACACGCACUCACAUACAGAAACAGACAAACAGCAAGGCACAACGUCUGACACCGGCAGACAUCUGAAGUGAUUAUUGAGAGAAAGCGAGAGAGAGAGAGCGGGGACUUCACUUCCCAGAGUGACAUGCUGUGGGGGACAGCUCUCUUGACUGGCCUGGUGGGACUGUAUGUCAUCGUCACCCAGUGUCCAGCCACCUGCCAGCUGAGCCAGGAGGACACGGAGACCCUCAUGGAGCUGCACAACAGCUAUCGGGGCCAGGUGGUACCCAGUGCCACCUACAUGCGUAAAGUGAAAUGGGAUGAGAAGCUGAAGAUCCUAGCUGAGGGCUACGCUGUGAAGUGUAUGUGGGAACCGAACCCGGAUCUAGAGUUGCUGAACAUGGGAGAGAACCUGUUUGUGUCGAAUGAGCCCUUGGACCUCAACAUGACCAUGGAGAAGUGGUUCUUGGAGCACCUAGACUACGACUACAACAACAACAGCUGCCAGGAGGACAGGAUGUGUGGACACUACACUCAGAUGGUGUGGGCGGACUCUCACUCUGUGGGCUGUGCUGCUCAUCGCUGUGACACCAUAGAGGGGCUGUCCUUCGAGAAAGUUAACUUCCUAGUCUGCAAUUAUUACCCAAAAGAUAAGUUUAAGGAUGAGAAACCCUAUGAGCAAGGCGAAUGGUGCUCCAAGUGCCCAGACAACGUACCGCAAUGUGAUCAGAACCUCUGCGUGCCUUAUGCCCCUGAGUCUUCAGACGAGCCUGAUGUUGAGGAGCCUGAUGCCCCCGAUCCUUCAGACAAGCCUGAUGUUGAGGAGCCUGAUGCCCUCGAGCCUUCAGAGGAGCCUGAUGUUGAGAAGGAGACAACAGAGAGCUCUACCCCACACAGAGAGCUUGUGUAUGAGGGGGACGAGACAGGCACGGAGCCUGGGGACGAGGAGGAUGAGGAGGAGACAGGCACGGAGCCUGGGGACGAGGAGGAGACAGGCACGCAGCCUGGGGACGAGGAGGACGAGGAGGAGACAGGCACGCAGCCUGGGGACGAGGAGGACGAUAAGGAGACAGGCACGCAGCCUGGGGACGAGGAGGAGACAGGCACGGAGCCUGGGGACGAGGAGGACGAGGAGGAGACAGGCACGCAUCCUGGGGACGAGGAGGAGACAGGCAUGGAGCCUGGGGACGAGGAGGAAGAGGAGGAGUGGGAGGGGGAGGAGAGAGCAGCGGAGAGGGAGAAGGAGAGGACUAGGAACCAACCUCCGGCCAAUGCAGGAAAGAUAACUACACCACUACUUCUUGUUACCAGCCUAAUGGCAUUACUCUCAGUAGGAUUGUGAGGUGAAGGUAUGAGAGUAAGGCAUUACACACAUACACACACACUAUCUGGAAUUGAACUGAACAUUGCUGGAAGUUGAAUUACAUUGUGCUAUAACCAUGUCUAUAGCAGAGGGAUUUGUUGAUGGUUAUUUUGUUAUUAUUUGCUCGCUAGUAAUUACAGUUGCUAGUUUAACAUAUGCCUUAUUAGCAAUAUCAAUAAGCACACAACAUACAACAGUUAACAAUGUAUUAUAACAGUUGUAUAAUAACAGUUACGACCUGUUACAAAUGUAACAGCAAUACAUUUUCUUAAAGCAAAGCACGUCCUCUAUAUGAAUGUGAUUCGUAAACCUAAAGGAGCAUAACUACUGUCAAUAUUGCAUAUUUCUGUAAAUGUCUGUAUAUAGAGUAUAAUAAAUAUUGUUUCUUCUA